AUGGUAAUAUACUUAAAAUUUGUGUGGAAUGCCCCUGGCUACCAAUUAGAUGCAAGACGUGUUGGUUGUUUGGUCAUGCUACUCAUACAUGUACCAAGCCUGCAAGGUACUAAGGUUGAGCCUGACAAGGUUAAAGAAAAAGCUAUUGGGGUUGACAAGUCAGAUCCUUCGUGUCCUGAUCAGUGGACAGUGGUGAAGUUUAUAAAGACCCCAAAGCCUCGGUCUAUAUCGUCAGACAAUAGCCGACAUUGGUCCAACUCUUUUCAUCUUCUAGCUAGGGUGGAUGGUCAGGUGUUUGAUGAUGCUCAAAUUAGGAAGUCUAACCUGGCUUUACAGCAGGAAUUGGAUGCUAUGGAGACUCCUGUGCAUGAGGACAGAGGAAAGGGUAAAUUGGUGGAUAUGGAUGUGGAUGUGGAUGUGGAUGUGGAUGCGGAUGCGGGGGGGGGGGUUAUCUCCACAUUCAUGAACCUCUUAGUCUGGAAUGUGAAGGGUUUGAACCAUCUCUCCAAGCAAAAAGAGGUUCAAAGAAUUGUAAGGGAGAAGAAGAUAAAACUCAUCUGCAUUAUUGAGACUAGAGUAAAGUAUAAUAAGGCUGAUGUGUUCAUGGAAUCUCUUUUUCCUAAUUGGGGUUUUUGUUCCAAUUAUGAGCAACAUUAUUUGGGCCGGAUUUGGGUUUGUUGGGAUAAGCUAGAUUUUGAUGUCUGUACCUUUGACAAGACCGAUCAGUGUAUUAGUUGUUGUGUGCACUAUCUGAAAGAUGGGUCUCGGUGGUUCCAGUCUUUUGUCUAUGGGGCUAACAAACCUCUUGAUAGAAGGCCUUUAUGGAAACACUUGUCUACCAUCAAGAAUAGGGUGUUUCCUAAUCCCUGGACGCUGAGUGAAGGAUCUAGUUUUGUGGCAAGGAAGCUAGAUCGUGUUAUGGUAAAUGAGGAAUGGAUGGGUAGAUUUGGGGGUACCAUGGUUGAUUUUGCAUCUGCUGGUAUCUCAUAUCACUCUCAUGCCUUUAUUACUAUGGGUAGUAUGGAGAUUCAUGGAGUGCCUAUGUAUAGGCUUUGCAGGAAGUUGAAAGCUUUUAAAGCCGUGUUGAAGGCUCAGACUCCCAAAUGUUUUGGUAAUCUUGGGAACAAAGUUUUACAAGCUCGUGAGUCCCUUGACAUGGCUAAAAAGGCUGGCAGACAGGCUAGAAAUUUCAUUUCCUACUUGUAUGAUGAGGAUGGUCAACGGGUGGAAGAUAUUGCUAAGGUGAAGGCGAUAGCUGUGGAUUUUUACAAGAAACUGUUAGGUACUAAGAGUACUCAUUUUUCUACUGCCUGUGCUGAUAGGGCUAAGCAGUUGAUUUCUCCUAUUGUGCCGGCUGAGAAAGCUUCUACGUUGGGUAGAGAUGUCACGGCAGAGGAGAUAAAAAAUACUAUAUUUAGCAUGAAAGAUAAUAAGGCCCCAGGCCCGGAUGGCUUCAUAGUGAAAUUUUAUAAGUCUUCUUGGCACAUUGUGGGUGAAGAUGUGGUUGCUGCCAUUCAGAAUUUUUUUAGUACUGGCCUUCUUCUCAAAGAGGUUAAUGCCACAAUCUUAACCUUGGUUCCUAAGAAGGUCAAUGCUUCGGUAAUGGGGGAUUUUAGACCUAUUGCAUGUUGCAAUGUCCUUUACAAAUGUAUAACCAAUAUUCUCUCUAACAGGAUGCUGCCAUUUCUGGAUCCUUUGAUAAGUAGAUCUCAAUCUGCUUUCAUCCCAGGAAGAAGCAUAUCUGAGAAUGUUCUUUUGGCUCAAGAAUUGGUUCGAAACUAUCAUCGACCUGGGGGUAAUCCUCGAUGCACAAUAAAGGUAGACCUCAUGAAGGUGUAUGACUUUGUGGAUUGGGAUUUUUUGGUGCAUUGUCUUUCCUGUUUUGGGUUCCCUGCUCUUUUCACCAAAUGGAUCAAGGUGUGCAUUACUUCUCCAAGGUUUUCUAUUUCUAUUAAUGGGACUUUGGUGGGGUAUUUUAGAGGUGAAAAAGGUUUAAGACAGGGUGACCAUUUAUCCCCUUAUUUGUUUGUCCUAGCCAUGGAGGUUUUCUCUAGAUUGAUGCAAGAGUAUACUAGAGAGGGGUGUUUAAAUAUCAUCCUAGAUGCUCCAGGAUGA